AAUGGCAUUCGGAUUGGAUUUUACUGGAGGUAAUGUCUCUGAGAUGAACACGUUUUACUCGGGACAUUAUUGGCCUGCUACAUGCCUGGAUAUGAACAACAACGACGAUUACGCACAGGACUCCAUCAGAGUAAGCCAUGAUGCUCCCCACAAGAUGCGCUCGGACACCCAGCGUCGCCGGAAGCGCACAACUUUCAGCAAGGCGCAGCUGAGCGAGCUGGAGAGGGCCUUCUCUGUCACACAGUAUCCGGAUAUCAAAAUCAAGGAGUCUCUUGCGUCUAUAACUGGGCUGCCGGAGUCCAAGAUCCAGGUCUGGUUUCAAAAUCGACGCGCGCGCUAUUUCAAGAGCAAGAAACCAACCAGAGAGACCCCCAAACCCUCCGCAGACUACUUCCAUCAUGAGUUCUCCUACACUCCAGCUCCCAGUCCACCAUUCCCCCAGUUGGCGCACUCUUUCCACACCCCGAGCAUACCGUCCCCACCAGGGUACCCUGCUCCAAGUCUACCUCAGUCCACCAGGCUCUCAACCAUCAUGGGAAGUCAGACCAUGUCCCUGCCCACACCUACGUCCCCUGUCGCCGCUGACCAAGCUACAUCUUGCUCCCUGCAUGAACCUAAUCCCACAGGAGUUCCCCAACAUCACUACAGCCAAACUGCGGACUUUACUGACUAUUGCCACGGUGUGUUCCCACACAGCGAGCUCAGUGAAUGGGAUUUCACAGAGGACUUUGAGGCUUUCCUCGGAGAUGCACAUAGAUCCCAGCCUGAGGGUAGCCGCUGCGCUACAGUCGGACAUCCUGAGCCCAUGGAGAGGGUCCAGAGUCAGCCGGACCACAGGAACAUCUCCGACCUGGACGACCUGUCCGAGCUGUUCUUUCAGGACCUGGGCGACUUCAGUGUGUCGGAUUUGGACAUUUCUGCGGCAAUGAUUGAUUAUAUUUUGGGUUGAACAAUAAAAGAAGGUUUGAAAGAAAAGUAGC